GUGUAUUUCAGCUGGGAGUUUUGUAGUUUGUGUGUGUGGUCGCUCUCUGUGUCUUCCUCCUUCAACCUCUCACUGCUGGUAUCGAAAGUGAAAGAAGACUGCAGCAGCCCGGCGGGUACACAGACGCACGGCUGAAUCCAUCCAUCCGCAAACAAGUUCACUAAUCUAAAAAAUGCCAGCACUGUCAUUUGAAAGACAUCAGUAUGAAUCAUGACAUUGUUCAAAUGUUCAGAGAGAAACUAGACAGCCUCACCAUCUCAGAUUAUUAUGGCCUGGACAGUCCAGGUCUGACAUGCUAUUUGAACAGCGUGCUUCAGGUGCUUUUCAUGACCCAAGACUUCCGGGAGGCUGUGAAACGAUGCUGCAGUGAAGACUCAACAAGCAUGGACACUGUGCUCGAAAAACUGUUUGCUGAUUUACAGCAAAAUCUGGCUAAAACAAAUCACGUGAUAAAGAAACUGGGGAUCUCGAACAUAUAUGAACAACGUGAUGCUGCUGAGUAUUUUGAGAAGAUCCUGUGUCUGACCAGUCCAGAGGCAGCCAAGGUGGGGAUAGUAUAG